AUGAUUACUGGCUUAGUUGUAAGUGGGCCAUUCAAUCUACAAUUAAUUGCAAAAGACAACCAACUACGUGUGAUAGAAAUCAACUUACGUGUGUCGCGCUCAUUCCCUUUCGUAUCAAAGACACUAGACUUCGACUUUAUCGCCUCUGCCACUCGAUCUAUUGUCGCCUGCACUGCCAGCAGGCCUCAGACUGGGCGGCAAGUUGAAAAUAGCUCCGAGAUAAUGGUUGGACUCGUCGAGAGUGCUAGUGGCCGUGUUGGCGUAAAGGUUAUCGGCAUUUUCUAUAGGACAUUUUAA